CGCCGUGUGUCAGUGUCGGACGCGCAGUUACCAGAACUCUCCAUAGCCGCGCAGUGCGCAUGCUCAGUGUCUUCACACGCAGGACGAAUACCGGCUCCAGCGACGGAGAGGGCCUCACACCGAGCGGACAGCACAGCAGCACACCCCGGGCAGCCAGAGCAGCAGGCCGCAGCCGGAAAUCAUGACGAGCUCAGGAAAAGAAAGCUCUCGACUGAAGAGCUACAAGAAUAACUCCUUGAAUACCGACGAGAUGCGACGGCGAAGGGAGGAGGAGGGGCUUCAGCUGCGCAAACAGAAAAGAGAAGAGCAGCUGUUCAAGCGCAGAAAUGUCGCCAGCGCAGAAGAAGGAGCUGAAGAAGAAGGCAUGGCCGACGGAAACUGCCAUGAAGCACAGAUUAACAACAUGGAGAUGGCUUCUAGUGGGGUGAUCACAGCUGACAUGAUAGACAUGAUCUUCUCCAAUAACCCAGAGCAGCAGCUCGCAGCGACCCAGAAAUUCAGAAAACUCCUUUCAAAAGAACCUAAUCCUCCCAUUGAUGAAGUAAUCGGGACUCCAGGGGUGGUGGCCAGAUUUGUGGAGUUUUUGAAGAGAAAAGAGAACUGUACUCUGCAGUUUGAGGCAGCGUGGGUGUUAACGAACAUCGCCUCUGGAAACUCUCUGCAAACCCGAAUUGUGAUACAGGCAGGAGCUGUGCCUAUCUUCAUAGAACUGCUGAGCUCCGAGUUUGAAGAUGUGCAAGAGCAGGCGGUCUGGGCUCUGGGAAACAUUGCUGGAGACAGCACCGUGUGCAGAGAUUAUGUGCUAGAUUGUAACAUCCUGCCUCCUCUGUUACAAUUACUUUCCAAGCAGAACCGUCUAACAAUGACUCGAAAUGCUGUUUGGGCCUUGUCCAAUCUUUGCCGGGGCAAAAACCCUCCUCCAGAAUUUGCCAAGGUCUCGCCAUGUCUUACUGUCCUGUCCUGGCUGCUGUUUGUUAAUGACACGGAUGUCCUGGCUGAUGCCUGUUGGGCUCUCUCAUACCUGUCCGAUGGACCAAAUGAUAAGAUCCAGGCUGUCAUUGAUGCAGGAGUUUGCAGGAGAUUGGUGGAACUCUUAAUGCACAGCGAUUAUAAGGUGGUGUCUCCGGCUCUCAGAGCUGUUGGAAACAUUGUCACCGGGGACGACAUUCAGACACAGGUCAUCCUGAAUUGCUCAGCUCUGCAGAGUCUGCUUCACCUGCUAAGCAGUCCCAAAGAAUCCAUCAAAAAGGAGGCUUGCUGGACGAUAUCGAAUAUCACAGCAGGGAACAGGGUCCAGAUCCAGACUGUAAUAGAUGCAGAUAUUUUCCCUGCCCUUAUAAGCAUUCUGCAAACAGCCGAGUUCAGGACAAGGAAGGAAGCAGCCUGGGCCAUCACAAACGCCACAUCUGGAGGCUCCGCCGAACAGAUCAAGUAUCUGGUGGAUUUGGGUUGCAUUAAACCACUGUGUGACCUCCUCACUGUCAUGGACUCCAAGAUCGUCCAGGUAGCUCUUAACGGCUUGGAAAAUAUCCUGCGGCUGGGAGAACAGGAAGCCAAGAGGAAUGGGACUGGAAUAAACCCUUACUGUGCUCUCAUUGAGGAGGCAUAUGGUCUUGACAAGAUCGAGUUCCUGCAGAGCCAUGAGAACCAGGAGAUUUACCAGAAGGCCUUUGACCUGAUAGAGCAUUAUUUUGGCACUGAGGAUGAGGACAGCAGCAUUGCUCCGCAGGUGGACCUGAGCCAGCAGCAGUACAUCUUUCAGCAGCGAGAAGCUCCCAUGGAGGGAUUCCAGCUCUAACAGCCCCCACCGGCCCAGCAUGCAACCAGCUUAGUCCUUUCAUGUUCUUUCACCUGUUUGCUGUGUGCACAGUAUCUCUCUCUCCAUUUCCUAUGCUGCUCUUCCCUCUCUUUUUUUUUUUUCCCCCGCUCCUUCAAUCUUUCACUUUUCUC